UGCUAUUUAAUUCAAAUCAGUACAUUCAUUCACAUGCCAUCUUCUCAAACCAUACAAAGAAGAAAAAAAGCACUAGACACAACUCAUACACAUUCACAUUCACAUUCACAUUCACAUUACACGAAAAAACUUCAUUUUCUUCUUCUUGCUUGAAAAAAAAUUCCACCAUAUUCAUAUCAAGAAAUUAACACAGCAGCAAUGCGGCCUCCUAGCCGCCACCUUCAUUUUUUGUUCAUUUCAGUUCUUGUUAUUUCACUCUUGUCCUUCCAGAUCUCAUCUGUUGUUGGACAAGAAAGUGACAGUGAUAUUGAUCUAGAUGACAUCAAGGCCAAUGCUAGCAGGUUGAGUUUCGAAAACCCAAAGCUUCGCGAUGCCUACAUCGCGUUGCAAUCUUGGAAAACAGCCAUGCUUUCUGACCCUUUUAACUUCACAGCCAAUUGGACUGGACCAAAUGUUUGUUCCUAUGGUGGCGUGUUUUGUGCACCAUCUUUAACCGAUAAUACUACUAGAGUUGUGGCUGGCAUUGAUCUUAACCAUGCUGAUAUUGCUGGUUCAUUAGUGCCUGAACUUGGUCUUCUUACAGAUCUGGCUAUUUUCCACAUCAACUCGAAUCGUUUUUGUGGCGUCGUACCCAAAACCUUUAGCCAUUUGAAGCUUCUUGUAGAGCUUGAUUUGAGCAACAACAGGUUUGUUGGUGGGUUCCCUAAGGUGGUACUUUCUUUACCUUCUUUAAAGUUCUUGGAUCUAAGGUUUAAUGACUUUGAAGGUCCAGUGCCUAACAAACUUUUCGACAAAAAAUUAGAUGCAUUGUUCCUUAAUGACAAUAGAUUCCGUUUUGGCAUCCCUGAGAACUUGGGUAACUCUCCUGUUUCCGUUCUCGUGUUCGCCAAUAACGAUCUUGGAGGGUGCAUUCCGGCAAGCAUUGGGAAAAUGGGCAACACUUUGAAUGAGCUCAUACUCAUGAAUGACAACCUCACUGGCUGCUUGCCAAUGGAGAUUGGAAUGUUGAAGAAGCUAACAGUGUUUGAUGUGAGUUUCAACAAGAUUCAAGGGCCAUUGCCAUCAACUGUUGGUCAAAUGAGGAGUGUGGAGCAACUCGAUGUGGCUCACAACAAGCUCACGGGUGUUAUACCAGCUACUAUUUGUCAACUACCUAGGUUGCAAAACUUCACAUACUCGUUCAACUACUUCACCGGGGAAGCUCCGGUUUGCGCUGCAACUAGAUCUGGAAGAGUCGUUGACGGGCAAGAAAACUGUAUUGCUGGAAAGAAGAAUCAAAGGUCUGCUAAAGAAUGCUCUUCUGAUGAUGCAAAACCAUAUGAUUGUAGGAAAUCUAGUUGUUACAGCCGUUUUGCUACAUCUCCUACAACAAAACCUAGACCAAAACCAACUCCAAAAAGACCACCUGUUCAUAACAAACCCCCAUCACCAAAACCAUCACGUCCUACUAGACCUGUUGCACCAAAGCCAUCUCCACCACCACCUUCUUCAAAGUCUUCGGGUUCGCAUAACAAGCGGUCCCCACCACCACCUCAAUCAACUCCUCUGCCACCACCACCACCACCACCAACUUACAAAAUAUCUCCUAAACCUAGCCCUCCAUCAUCUUCUCCCCCACCACCAACCUACAAAAAGUCCCCAACUUAUCAACAUAGAAGCCCCCCUCCUCCAACCCACAAAAUAUCACCUAUAACUCAUCAAUCACCACCACCACCAUCACCAGUAUAUUACCACCCAUCUCCAUCACCACCAGUUUAUCAUUCACCACCACCACCACCACCAGUGUAUUACGCGCCACCAACGUACACUCCUCAAUCACCACCGCCUCCCCCUCCCACUUACUCCUACUCUUCACCACCACCACCACCACCAACACCAUCUUAUGAACAUCCAAAGACUCCGUCAUCACCACCACCACCAACACCGUCAUACGAACAUCCAAAAACACCAUCACCACCACCACCAACACCGUCAUACGAACAUCCAAAAACACCAUCACCACCACCACCAACACCAUCAUACGAGCAUCCAAAAACACCAUCAUCACCACCACCACCAUCAUAUGAACAUCCAGCCCCACCUACCCCACCAUGUAAUGAACCACCACCUCCACCACCUAGUUCACAUUGGGAACCAAAACCAUCACCACCUCCCACUUACUCUUACUCAUCACCACCACCUCCAUCACCAUCACCACCACCACCAGCUUACUACUACUCAUCACCACCACCACCAUCACCAUCACCACCACCACCCGCUUACUACUACUCAUCACCACCACCUCCACCACCAUCACCACCACCGCCAAGUUACCAAAAUGUACCUCUUCCACCAGUUGUAGGAGUAUCCUAUGCAUCUCCACCACCACCAGUCAUUCCAUACUACUGAACAUGAACAAGGGUUAUUCAUUAGCCUUUUAGUUCAUUGUCUUUGGUGAAGAUCAAGAAUGGAAGAGAAAACAAGAAUUCUUUUUUUUUUUUUAAUUGGGAAUUAUGUAUACUUUGUUCUUUAUUUUUGUAAUUUUAUUUUGAGUUGAUUAUAUUUAUGAAAAAUGGGAUUAUGGGCGGGAGUUAGCGAGGGGUUUAAUCGCCUUAUUGUUAUUCAAAAAGGGUGGUUGUGAAUAACUACAAUUUUACUGUUUCUUUUUUAGUAAAACUCAUCUAUUCAAUUAAUAAACAUCUUCAUACUUAUCAU